UAACAAAAGUUUUUACAAGGCAGGGACAAAGUCAGCGGUGGGUGUGGUAAUCAGAAAGAUUUAAAAUUCUCACAUGCGACAGAAACUGCAUUUCAGCUGCUGUCGUGGUUCGGAGGAAAGUACUGCUACUGCAUUGAUUCUUUGUUUAGUAACAUGACCAGCAAGAAAAUAAUUGCAGUGUUUGGAGCAACAGGAGCUCAGGGCGGCUCUGUGGCCAGGGCCAUGUUGGAGGGCAAAAAGUAUGUGGUGAGAGCGCUGACCCGAGAUGUGACCCAACCAAAGGCGCAGGUGCUCCGGGACCUUGGGGCCGAGGUGGUUAAAGGGGACCUGAAUGACAAAGCAUCGGUGGAGGCUGCCUUGAAAGGAGCCUAUGGGGCCUUCCUGGUAACCAACAUCUGGGACCAUUUCAGCAAAGAGAAAGAAGUGUGUCAGGGCAAGGUGGUGGCUGAUGUUGCCAAGAGCCAGGGUCUGAAGCACGUGGUGUACGGCGGCCUGGAGAACGUCAAGCGCCUGACAAACGGCAAGCUGGAGGUGCUGCACUUUGACGGGAAGGGAGAGGUGGAGGAGUAUUUCUGGUCCAUUGGCGUUCCCAUGACCAGAGUCCGAGUGGCAGCUUACUUUGAAAACUUUCUUGGCCCAUUGAAACCGGUGAAGGCCUCUGAUGGAGAUUACUACACCCUGGCACUGCCUAUGGGGGAUGUACCAAUGGAUGGUAUCUCGGUUGCUGAUAUUGGAGCUGUCAUCUGCAGCAUCUUUAAUUCUCCAGAGGAGUUUGUGGGCAAGGCCGUGGGUCUCAGUGCAGAAGCGCUGACCAUACAGCAGUAUGCUGAUGUUCUGUCCAAGGGUUUGGGGAAAGAAGUCCGAGAUGCAAAGAUCACCCCAGAGGCUUACGAGAAGCUGGAAUUUCCUGGAGCAAAGGAAAUGGCCAACAUCUGUCGGUUCUAUCAAAUGAAGCCAGACCGUGACAUCCAGCUCACCCACCGACUGAAUCCCAAAUUCAAAAGCUUCAGCCAGUUCAUCUCAGAGAACCAGGCAGCCUUGAAGAGCUCCUAAACUGUUCACACAGGUCUCUGAGAACGCAGUGUUCUUCCUCCCAGAUCCUGGUCUUCUCUAGAGCACUAAAUCUAUGUUUAUAGAACAGAUAGCUUAGAAUCAGUUGUUAUACCCUGAAGGCUUCCCUGGGUUGGGAGUGGGGCGGGGGCGGGUAGGACACUGCAGGAUACUGCAGAGCUGAUUAACACAGUAAUUGACCCGCAUGUAACGUUCCAGCUGCUAAUAAACGUAGUACACCUGUCAGGCUAAGUGAGAGGCUCCCAGCCUGCCACCCUGUAGUUCUCUCUUCCCAACAGCCACGUUGCCUUGGAAGUCUCUGGCCUGAGCAACUUGGAGCUCCUUCCCGCUCACAAAUCAGUGGGGAUGGGGGGACCCUUAGCUUUCUCCUUCAUAAGGCCUCCUUGAGGCCUAUCUCUGGAACUCCCCUAGACAACUCCAGUUUUUUCAAGCGUGUUGUCACUUCUCCGUGAGGUUUUAAGUGAUUUUAAUUUUCUUAAAAAUCUUUGUAGAGGGUUUUCUGGGGAACUCGGUGUUCAGUGAACAAGUGUUGGAAAUGGAAAUUCAGUUUUGCUUCAAGGUUGGAAGCUCAUCUCUGAUUCAGUCAUUAAAUCAGCUGUUGAAUCAUCACUCAGUUACUUGUCUUUUCACUCACCCAUCCCUCAUUUAUCCAUCCCACAGCUUGCUUUUCAGCACCAGCACCAAUGGUACAUUUGUAGGCAUUGCUCCCCUCCUGUUUUCUUAUUGGAGUGGUCCAUUCUCCAAAGGCUGCCAUGGCCCCUUUUCAGUUUGUGGUUGGGUUUGUGUCAUGCCAGGGCAAGAGGGGGGCUAUGUCACUACUUAGCGACAAGUGAAGCCUAGAGCCUGUGCAGUGGGUAAAGUCCAGGGGCUUGAGACAAUGUCUGGCAAAAGGUAGUAAAGUGGAAAAAGAAGGUGAUGGAAGUGCCCCCAGGGUGUCCUUUUCUGUAGCUAGCUUAGCAUUUUUUCUAUCCCAUAUUGUAAUUGUCUUGCUUACUAGCCUUCCUCUUGGCUGUGAGAGACUUGGACCCCUUUUUACCCCAGCACCUGGCACAUGGUAGGCGAUCAAUAAACGUUGAUUGACUAAAUGUGUGCAUAAAGUUAACUGAUCAUACCAUUACAAGGAAAGGGAAAUAAAUAGGUGCAUGGGUUGGAGAGUGGUGAGAACCAGCAACUGAUACUUAAAGCACAAGAGGCUGUCCGCGUCCGGGAGAGGGCUUGACCCCUACUACUCCGGGGCAGGUAGCAGAUGGGGCUGAGCAAGGACAGGGUGGCAGUGCCUGUGUGAAAGGGCACAGUGGCCUGGGACCUGGCUUAGAGAGGACGCUCAGCAAUGCCAGACGCCAGCCUUUCUGUCUCUUAAGGCAUCCAGUGGUGUUUGUUGAAAAUGAUGGAGGUUAUUGCAGACAAAUUUUGAUUCUUAAGGGGAAAUCAGUCAACUUGAGGACCAUGCUCCUUUCUGAAGGGCACUCUCCUUAUUCUCCAAGUGAACAACUCGAUUUGGCCUAAGCUAUCAACCCUGAGAAACGGGUAUGGAUAAAUUUCUAAAACAGGAAAAGAAAAACAAAGCCCUAAACUAAAAAUAGGUGGCUUAUUACUCAUCUGGUGGGCCAGGCAGGAAGAAUGGCCACUGCUUCCUAAAUAAACCUCAGCAUCCCCUAAGUGGAAGUGUCUGUAGGCCA